AUGGCUGCUAUAGAGAAACUCAUAAUACUUUUGGUUGGCUCCGGGGGACGUGAGCACGCACUUGCUUGGAAAUUGGCACAGUCGCCGCUCGUUGAAGCUAUAUUUGUAGCACCCGGUAAUGGAGGUACUGCAAAAGGACUUGACAAAGUUUCAAAUGUUAAUAUUGGUGUCGGUGAUUUUUCAAAAUUAACAGAAUUUGCGUUGAAAAAUCAGGUGAAUUUUGUUGUUCCCGGACCCGAACAGCCAUUAGUUGAAGGCAUACAGUCAAAUUUCUCCGAUUACGAAAAAGCAAAGGCAUAUCUAAAUUCAAUAUCUCAUAAUGUUGUAAUCAAGGCUUCUGGUCUUGCGGGUGGUAAAGGCGUAUUAAUUCCUACUAAUAAACAAGAAGCUUUUGAAGCUUUGAAAGAACUAAUGGUUGAUAGAGCUUUUGGAGCGGCGGGUGAUGAUGUAGUCAUUGAGGAAUUUCUUGAGGGCCAAGAAUUGAGCGUUUUGAGUUUCUCGGAUGGAUAUACAAUAAUUCCACUUCCUCCAGCUCAAGACCAUAAACGUAUCUUUGAUGGAGAUCUGGGACCUAAUACUGGUGGUAUGGGAUGUUACUGUCCAACUCCAAUCGCUACACCCGAAUUGAUCUCAGAAAUCAAAAACACUAUCCUUAUACCCACUAUAACUGGGAUGAGACAAGAUGGCUUUCCAUUCGUAGGGAUGCUCUUUACGGGUUUAAUGAUUACUUCAUCGGGACCGAAAGUGUUAGAAUAUAAUGUUCGUUUUGGGGAUCCUGAAACUGAGACCGUCUUACCCUUACUAAGCGAGGAUACAGAUCUCGCCGAAAUUAUGCUGGCUUGCACAGAGGGAAGAUUAGAUUCUGUGCAUCUCUCUACAAAGCCUGUUUUUGCCACAACAGUUAUAAUUGCUGCAGGAGGCUAUCCUGGCAACUAUUCAAAAGGAAAAGAAAUAACUAUUCACAAUAUUUCAUCUGAUGCGUUAAUAUUUCAUGCUGGUACAAGUAUUCUGAAUAAUAAACUUGUCACAUCAGGCGGUCGAGUUCUUGCCGUCUCUGGAGUUGCAAGUACACUGAGGGAAGCAGUAGAUAAGGCUUAUGAAACCGUGAAGCUUGUUAAUUUCGAAAACAUGUUUUAUAGAAAUGAUAUAGCUCACCGAGCCUUCAAAUAUCUCACCGAGAAAUCAAUUGGAAAUGAUGAUAAUCAUGUGAUGACUUAUGAAUCCGCCGGCGUAUCCAUAGAUUCUGGAAAUCAGUUGGUAAAUCAAAUAAGACCAUUGAUAAAAUUGACAAAACGACGCGGAUCGAUUUCUGAAAUCGGUGGUUUCGGUGGUUUGUUUGACUUGAAAGAAGCUGGUUAUGAUGAUCCAAUUUUAGUAUCAACAACUGAUGGUGUUGGCACAAAAUUAAAGAUUGCCCAGGCUAUAAAUAAAUUUGAUACUAUCGGCAUAGAUUUAGUCGCUAUGAGUGUAAAUGAUCUUCUUGUACAAGGUGCAGAACCCUUAUUCUUCCUUGAUUAUUAUGCUUGUGGCAAAUUACAUAUUGAUGUAGCCAAGGACGUGGUAAAAGGUGUGGUGGAAGGAUGCCUUCAGUCUAAUUGCGCCUUAAUUGGGGGUGAAACUGCAGAAAUGCCGGGUGUUUAUAAUGUUGGCGAGUAUAAAGAUUGGUUACUCGAAUUUCUUCUGUUUAAAUCAAUAACCAUCUUAUAUUCUUUUAUAGGUGAAUUUGAUUUAGCCGGAUUCGCAGUUGGCGCUGUUAAUCGAAAAGAGAUUCUUCCACGUACUCCCGAAAUCCAGGCUGGUGAUCUACUUCUUGGUCUCUCUUCUUCGGGCGUUCAUUCUAAUGGAUUCUCGCUUAUUCGUAAAGUAAUCAAUAAAUAUAAUCUCGAAUAUACGUCGCCGUGUCCUUGGGAUCCAAAAAAAACUUUGGGUGAAAGUCUACUUACGCCGACAAGAAUUUACGUAAGGCAAUUGCUUCCCGUUAUUAAGAAAGGACUUGUAAAAGCAAUGGCUCAUAUUACCGGAGGUGGAUUUGUAGACAAUAUUCCUCGAGUUUUACCUGAUAAUAUUGGCGCUAUUAUAGAUACGAGUAAAUGGACGUUACCUGAGGUUUUUAAAUGGAUGGCGCAUUAUGGGAAUAUUCCAUAUGACGAGUUAUUCAGGACAUUUAAUUGCGGCAUUGGAAUAGUACUUGUUGUAUCUCCAGAGAAUAUUGAAGAGACGACUAAACUGCUUCAAAAUUUUGACGCCCAAACAGUUAGCAUUGGCAGCUUAAUAAACGUGAAGGAUAAUGAAAGGCGAGUUACAUUGAAAGGAAUCAAUGAUAAUUAG